AGUGAAGAAAACGGAUAAAUAUGGAAGGAUAAAUUACUUCGAUAUAUCUAAAUAAAUCCAAAAAUAUUUACAUAAUAUACAUCUGGAAAAUCAGAAGUUCUAUCGCAGAAAUUAUCAGGAUCGAUUUUUCUGUUAACAUUUGGAAACCAACAUGAUAUAAAGAUACAAGUAUCAUUAACAUUUUUGAAUGAUUAGUCAGAUUAUUUUAUUGAACAACAGAUAGUAUGCUAUACAAAAUAAAAUGAACUUUUUUUUACUAUUCAAACAACUCAGUCACUUCAUCUGAAGCAACAUGUUCGACCUUUUCAAGUGGAUUCUCGACCAAGUAAAUGGUUAUAUAAAUUUUUACUAUGUGGUGCUAUCGAUCAUAAACAAAAUGAUCGACUGUUUCAGCAAAAUCAAAAUAGAUAUCGCUGAUAUAUUUGCCCAACCUUUGAAUCCUAUACAACAAAUGCAGAAGGAUAUGGACGAAAACUCAAGGAAGAUACAGAAAGAUAUGGAAGAGAAUACGAAGGCAAUGCAGAGAAAUUUCAAUAAGGGGUUGCAAGAUUUCCAAAACUUAUUUAAACCACCACCUGAAACACCUGAAGCACCUGAAGCACCCGCUCCAAAACCAGCAGAAUGAACAAUUCAUAUAUUCUCCUGAAUUGUCAAUAAUUAGAUAUCAAGUCGAAUAUAUAAUAUCUGCACUUUGA